AGUUUAGGAAAUCCGUCUGUAUAUAUAUAUAUAUAUAUAUAUGUAUUUUAGAUAUAAAAAUAUUUAACAAUUCACUAACGAAAUUAUUAAAAAAAGGAAAGAUUAGACGUGUAAACAUUUGAGUAUACUGCAUGUCAACAACACGUUAUUUACUAUUCCCGGUAUAGGUUUAAAUUUUGCAAAUAUAUCGUUAACAGAUUGUCAUAUCAUACAAAAUAUGGAAGAUAUUAAUGCUAAGAGAGAUGCUAGAAGAAAACGAAUUUUAGAAAAUUCGGAAAAACGUUUGUUGAAAAUCACUGGUAGAAACAACGCUAUUGUGUCAGAAGAUCAAUCUCAUUCUGUGCAUUCGGAUGUACCUAAUCAAUCAUUCAUCUCUACGGAUAUUGAAACCAAAAAUUUACAUUUUGGAAUAAAUGGCAAAAUAUCAGUUGAAGGUACCAAUAAUACUUGUACUCAAUUGAAACAAACAUCGCACGUAUUAGCAAAUCGUAUUAAUUAUGUGUUGUUGGCUGUCAUCGUUAAUGUGCUGCUGUUAUUACAAUUGGAUCAUUUGUUCGGAAAGACGAUCGCGAUACCUUACUUUCCAAUUAUGUUAGGACGUCUAUACAACUAUAAAAAUAUACAAGGAACACAAGACAAUAGUCUAUUAUACCCUGCAUUAAUUUUGUGUAACAUUAAACCUGAGUUAACUUACCAACUUAAAAAGUUUGUAGCAAUAUUCCAUAUAAUACUACAAGAUUUAGCUUUGUAUAUUUUCAGUUUCACCCUCAUACAUUAUGGACUUUUAUAUUGUUUGCGUAACACAGAGAUUUUAAUUCGCUUAAACACAUGAAUAACAUUACUGUAUAUGAAAUAUAUGCAAAUAAGACAUUCGUCUAAUCGUUUAUUUAAAAUGUUCUAUCCAAACUUUUGUAAACAGUGUGAUAAAUACAAUCAGAUCUUUAAUAAGUUGUUACAAUCAAUAUUACUUAAUUAAUUAUAAUUUUGUUGCGUAGAUAAAAAUUCACUGUAUAAUUAUUUGCCAUAGCAUGUUGUCUAUUACUGCAUUAUGGUAUACGAAUAAGAUCUAAACAGAAACAAAUAUAAGUAAAAGAUGGAUGAAAACAGUUUGUUUUAAAUAUACCAGUGUAACAAUAAAGAAUAAUAAUAAUAGUCCACUUUAAUUUAAUAUAAAUAAUUGGAAAUAAUCUUUUUUUCACACAUGACAUAAUCUUUACUUUCUCAGACUCUUUAUAUAAUUUGUUAUCAUCCGUCUUUUCGUUAGUUUCCUUGUCACUCAUACCUUCAAAACCAUAUGCAUUUAACACAUUCAUAUUUUUUCAUAUUGUCUCUUACGUUUUACUGUCUUACAUAAAGGACAAGAGUUAUUUAUUUGACAUUAUUUCCUAAUAUCACUUGUGUACAGAUAUCAAUUCCGCUAUUUGUAUAAUGACUUUGUACAAUGAAAUGCAUAAUGAAUAAUGAAAUAUUUCUUUGCCGACGAAUUCUACAAAAUAUAGUAUGUAUUUUAUAAAUAUACCUGUAAACAUGUCACAUAUAAUUAUAUUACAUUUUUCUAUAUAUUUUAUACAAAUGUGCAACAACGAAUUAACUGUUUUAAUUAGUUUUUGAAUUUAUUUGAAACUAUGGGUAUGUAUGAAAAUGAUAUCCAAAACAAAAUAUUUAUGAUAGUCAAUUUUAGUAUUGCAAUUGUAUAAAGUAGAAUACAAAAUACCAUAACAGUAAAUGUGAGGUACGUGUAUAACAAAUACUGUUGUAAUAUAUAUGUUUCAUUUCAA